ACAUCAUUUUCACAACGGUUCGUUGACCACGGCUUUGCACAGAAACAUUGCAGUGGUAAUUGAACUGCAUUUCGUUUUCGUGUCAUGGAGUAACUUGGACGUAUUUCGGAUCCGCCUCAAUCAUGAAUUCAUGGUAUCUGCAGUUUGUAUUUGCGAUGGUUCUGGUCGUCAAUGGUAUUUCGUGUGAUAGUGAAAUGCUGCAUUGUGGUAUCGAUGGCACAACAGACUUUACAGUGGCGGCUGAUGAUGAUGAUGAUGAUGAGGACGCUCUGCAAAAUAUGUCACUGGAUGUCAACACCAACAUAACAUGUGGCGCCAGCGACACAUGGCGUGGGGAAGAAUGGUUCUCCUUCGAGAUCGUAUGCCCAGUCGAAUGGCGAAUUCUUCUUCGUGUAUCUCCAAUGGACAUCAAUAAAGGCAUCAUUGUAAAAGCCUUUCCUGAUGAGGAGGGGGAGGAGCACAGCAUCUCUAGAAGAACUCGUCCACCCAACUAUCCGAUUCUUCUUCUGUCAAAGGACAACAUUUUGGAAAUCAAUGCGACAUAUUCCGGCAAUACAAUGCAAAACAAAAUGUUUAAGCUAAGUGCUUGGACGGUCAAAGUCGUAGAACGGAUCGGCCCUGAUUCGUCAUGCCAGGUGAAACAGACUUCUAAGGACACAGAUGCAACGUGUGAAGAGCGAUGUGACAAUGGUUAUGACCAAGAUUUGCCUUGUCAAUGUAACAACAGAUGUCAGGAUAAGGAUAAGGAUGAUUGCUGCGAGGACUACAAGGAAAUAUGUCUGAAUAAAGGAAAUGAUGCCAGGACGUUAGAAAUCGAAUGCCCAACAAACUCCUCAUAUGACGAUGUUCUGGUUUCAUUUGGAUAUGAAAUCGCAGGAGAGGUGACUCGCGCUGAUGGACAUUUAACGGUCAUCUGCACGAGAAUUGACGGACAAUCUUUUGACGUCGACUUCAGUCAGUCCACCCACCUGGGGAUUUCAUGCAAACGCAUGCUUGACACACUAUCGAUUAAUAUCACUGCUCCAGCAAGAGUCAAUAUACUUGAAUCUGCACUCCGUGUGGAAACAAUUGUUUUUAAUCGGGAUUCAUCAUUGGGAUCUGAAACUGGUAAAAGCACUACAACCCAGAUCGUUGUACCAACUGUCGUCGUGCUAGUUGCCUUAGGACUUGGUGUCUUUAUUGCAAGCAUGCGGUACAAAAGAAGGAACAAACAGGCGUCAGCCAAUGCAGCGAACGUCUCAGCCCAAAAGGGCCUGUAUCUACAUAACCAUGUUUCGUCAGAGGGAGGGGACGCGACGGAUAACAGCCCUAGAUACGUGACUUCGAAUGCAGGACCAGAAGGUGAUGGUACUGUUGCUUUGAACAUCAGGAGCACAGUCAACCAGAAUGAGGACACAGUGGUCUACAAUGAGAUUGGAGAGCAGGACUACAACACCUUAUUCGGCGGCAAGGAGAGAGAUGACUAUCACGAGUACAACGUCCCAGAUCGUCCCCAAGGAAAGACAUCUGUUGUUAGGACCACUGCCAGUGGAUCUGGUCCAUAUCAGGAACUCUUUCAAGAUGGAACACGUGCGGUCGCUGUCGUGAAUAGGUCACCUGGAGUAACAGGACCUAAGCAUGGAGUGGCAGACGACCUUCACGCUUACCAAGAUCUACGUCUGGACGAUACGAGCGUCAGUAGUCAUCCAAAUGGUGAAAUGCCAAAUCAACUACCCUCAAAGGACACACCCGCAACGGAGAAUGGAUACCAGGUACUCAAGACAGCCACGCCUGACUACGCUACCCUUAAACCUAGUCCCGAGCCUGCUACCUUAGAGCAAAACGAUCAGUCAAUGACAGGCACUUCAGAUGUUUCAGGACCUCCUUCAGACAAGCAAUAUGACACGCUUCAGCGAAGCAUCAAUACGGUCGGACAGCCAACCUCUGCAGGGUAUGGUACCUUGAAGCCCAUGAAUGAAACAGAUGAUGAUUACGAAUCUCCAGAUGUCAAGCCAAAUACCACAUAUGACGUUAAGGAUUCGACCAGACCCACCGAGGCUCUACCAAUUGACCAACCGAAGACCAAACACUCUGUUUCUUAUGAUGACGAUGACUACCAGACACCUAUUGAGCCCGCUGAGGAUCUGUCGGAUGCCUACCAGACCUUGGACAAUCCUGGAUAUCAACAAGAGCCUGACACACAAACCGAGGAGUACUCGCACCUUCAGAGGUCUCUAGGAGCUAAACUCCAAUCUCAUCCGAGCAGUAUCCAUGAUAACAGCGAUUCGUAUGGCACUCCUUAA